UUCAUGAUAGGUUUUCUCACUGUUCAUUUGAUUCCACUCAGAAACCAGUGCAAUACUUCUAUACUCUCCCAUGUCAAGACCAAGACAUUUAGGAGACAAGGAAUGGAGACAGCAUGUUCCAGAACCUAAAGAUGUUGCUAAGACAAAUCAUCAGUCUAAAUCAAACAUGCCAAAACACUUGGAAAGACAGGAAACAUGUUUCAGGACCAGUAUCCAUUUCAAGACCCAGUAAGAGCAUAUGAUUUGACCACAAUGGAAGCUGCAAAGGCACCACAUGCUGCUUUGCCUCAGGACCCAUACUUCAGAGCACACCAUUUAGGAAACUAUGAAGUUGAGAAGCAAUGCCAGGGUUAUGUCCAGCAGAAUAAACAAUUCCAGAUGUUAUCAUCUCCUUGCUGCUUGCUCACUGUAAGAGUCAUACGAAUAAGAAACCUCCGUCGGGCAGAUCCCAUAAGCCAGCCUGAUUGUUAUGUGACCCUAUGGUUGCCAACUGCUUCAGGUGAAAAAGCUAGGACCAAGACCAUCGAUAACUGCAAAAACCCAGUUUGGAAUGAAACUUUCUAUUACAGGAUCCAGAGUCAGAUCAAGAAUGUGCUGGAGCUGGGCGUCUAUGAUCAAGACCGUGUUACUCAGGAUGAUCAACUCUUCACUGUGCGUUUUGAUAUAGCUAAACUUCCACUUGGAGAACGAACUCUCAUGUGCUUUAAGUCUGAUCCAAAGAUGCAGGAGGAGCUAGAGGUGGAAUUCCUUUUGCAGACCAUUUUGGGUCCUCCUGAAACAAUCUUUACCAAUGGAGUACUUGUGUCCCGUGAAGCUUGCUGUUUGGAAGUUCAGGUGCAUGAAAAGAAGCAGUAUAAAUCAAGAAAAGACCUCUUCCUUACAGUAAAAGGUUCCUACGAAGGAACUCAGGAUGUUAUUUUCGGACCCGAGGCCAUAGUUUGUCCUUUGUGUCCUAUCGUGUUCCACUAUACAAAGUAUACAGAGCCAACGCUGGAUGUUAUGAUACCAAAGAAGAAGCAUUACAAUGCUAAAACCUGUAGCUACUCUGUAGACACAGGACAUCCAGUGGUGAUGCUUAAUUCUCUUCCCUUUGGGGAGAAAGUAACAAUAGCAGAGGAAAAAAGAUUUGAUUUGAAUGUGAAGGCAGAAGAUUGUCAUUGUUCCUGCCCACAAGAUCUCAACAUACGUUUUGGAUAUGACCUAUGUGCAGAGGAGAAGGAUUUCCUGUGUAAAAGGAAGAUGUAUGUUGCUCCUGCUGUGAGGAAUGUUCUCCAACUACAAGAGGAUCUUCAGCAUCAUGAAGUCCCAGUAGUAGCAAUCAUGACAACAGGUGGUGGACUGAAAUCGAUGACAGGGCUAUAUGGCAGUCUACUAGCUCUCAAGAAAUUAAAUCUCUUAGACUGUUUAACAUACAUAAGUGGUUUGUCUGGCACAACAUGGACCAUGGCAAACUUGUACAGAGAUGCUUAUUGGUCACAAAGAGAUCUGGAUGAACAAAUUUGUGAGGCCCAGAAACAUGCGACUAAAAGCAAGAUGGGUUGUUUCUCUAUGGAUCGUAUAAAGUAUUAUAACAAGCAGCUGUGCCAGCGAAAACAAGAAGGAUACAGGACUUCAUUUAUAGAUCUCUGGGGGCUCAUCAUUGAGUAUUUGCUAAAUGAUGGGAAAGACUGCCAUAAACUCUCAGACCAACAAGCAGCCCUGAGCAAUGGUCAGAACCCACUACCCAUUUAUGUGGCAGUUAAUAUCAGGGACAAAUACAGCACCGAAGAUUUCAAAGAAUGGGUUGAGUAUACCCCCUAUGAGGUGGGAGUUCUAAAAUAUGGAGCAUUUGUGCGCACAGAGGAUUUUGGAAGUGAGUUCUUCAUGGGACGGAUGAUUAGGAAGAUCCCAGAAUCCCGUAUGUGCUACCUUCAAGGCUUGUGGAGUAGUAUAUUUUCUGUGAAUCUGAUGUAUAUCUUGGGUUUCACCAACACUUCAGAAGACUUCUGGCACAGAUGGACCCGAGACAGAGUAGAGGAUAUUGAGGAAGAGCCAAUCCUGCCUACAAAACCAUAUGAGCUGAGGACUCGCAUGUUCACACCUGCAGGCUGCCUUUCCAAUGCUAUUCGAGGUUUCUUAACAGAUCGCUUCUCAGUUGCGCAGCAUCACAAUUUCCUAAAGGGCUUCCAUCUGCAUAAUGACUACUUAAUGAAUGACAAUUUUUGUAGAUGGAAAGAUACUGUGUUAGACUCAUCUCCCAAUCAGCUCUUUGAACAAGAAAAUCACCUGGGCCUGAUAGAUGCUGGAUUUUUCAUCAAUAACAGUAGUUCACCGCUUCUAAGACCAGAGAGGAAUGUGGAUAUCAUCAUAUAUUUAAGUUACACUACAGGGUCUCACGUUUUGCCUCUAGAGAAGGCCUGUAAGUACUAUAUGAAUCAGAAAAUCCCAUUCCCCAAUGUUUGCCUGAGUGAAGAGGAUAAGAAAAAUCUGAAGGAGUGCUACGUGUUUCAAGAUUUAGAUACCCCUGGAUGUCCUAUUGUGCUAUUUUUUCCACUAGUGAAUGACACCUUCCAACAUUACAAAGCACCUGGUGUGAAGCGCUGCUGCUCAGAGAUGGAGGAGGGCAAGGUUGACCUCACCAGUCUGUUUUCACCCUAUUCUAUGUAUGCAGUUAAAUACACUGAGGAGAAUUACCGUCGGCUGCUGAAUCUUAGUGAAUACAAUGUGCUGAAUAAUGCACACCUGAUUAUCCAGGCCUUACAUACUGUAGUACAAAGGAAAAGGCAAUGUUGGAAAUAAUUGCCAUUUCAAAAGCCUGUAUCUUCUGGGAUGAGAUUUUUGUAGCUCAUAGAUGGACCACGGCUUUCUGAUGAUUAGCCAUCAGAAGAAACUUAACUUAACAUUUUGCCACAGAAGAAACUUAACUUGGGUGCCUGAGUGGAUUUUCUUUUAUCCCCAUAAAAUGGCUGACCUAUGUAAUCAAAGUUUACUAUCUAUGAAGACCUUAUACUUUGUUUCCUAAUCAAAUUAAUUGCAGAAACCUUGUAGAAUACUGUUGAAAUUAAAUUGUAAGUCAUUUUAAUCCAAUAA